AUGCAGCUGGGCGAGCCGCUGCUGGCGGCGGCCGGGGCCCUGCCGGGUGCCCCCUUCUACCCGUUGGAGGGCAGUGGGCGCGGAGGCGCGGCUGGAGCCGGACCAGGACCGGCUCCCGGAACAGGAGCCGGGUCGGGCGGUGGGUCCCGCGGGCCGCCCCGCCCGGGCUCGCCGCCGCGCCUCGAUCUGGACAAGACGCCCAAGAAGUUCGGGGCGGCCCCCGCCAUGCUGGGCGAAGCGGAGGCGGGCGAGCCGCCCUUCGCCGCCCCCAAGCCGGACGGCCGCAAGGCCACCCCCUGCGGUGAGGAGGAGCUGCCCCCGGCCGCCGCCGCCGCCCGCUACUCCAUGGACAACCUCAGCCCCGAGCGCUACUACCUGCAGUCCCCCGGGCCGCCAGGAGCCGAGCUGAGUGGGCCCUGUGCCCUCUUCCCCUACCCGCCGCCGGCGCAGCACGGAGCCGUCUACCAGCCGCCCGGCAGCUCGCGCUACCCCUACGGCUCCGUCCUUUCGCCCGGCGGCUUCGCGGGCGCCGUCUGCCCUCCCGGCGGCCGGGCGCAGUUCGGCGGCGGUGGGUACCAAUACGGGCAAGGGGCGGCCGGCGGGCCCCUCUACGGCCCGUACUCGGCGGCGUCGGGCUCCUGUGGAGGGCUAGGGACGCUGGGUGUACCAGCUGCCGGCCCAGGAAUGCGGGCGCAGGUCUUCCUCUGCAACCGACCCCUCUGGCUCAAGUUCCACCGGCACCAGACGGAGAUGAUCAUCACCAAGCAGGGCCGGAGAAUGUUUCCUUUCCUGAGCUUUAACAUCACCGGCCUCAACCCCACGGCUCAUUACAACGUCUUUGUGGAGGUGGUGCUGGCGGACCCCAACCACUGGCGUUUCCAGGGGGGCAAGUGGGUGACCUGCGGCAAAGCUGACAACAAUAUGCAAGGCAACAAGGUGUACGUUCACCCCGAGUCACCUAACACCGGGGCUCACUGGAUGAGGCAAGAGAUUUCUUUUGGGAAACUGAAGCUAACGAACAACAAAGGUGCCAACAACAACAACGCGCAGAUGAUAGUGCUGCAAUCACUACACAAGUACCAGCCCCGGCUUCACAUUGUGGAAGUGACUGAAGAUGGUGUUGAAGAUCUAAAUGAUUCCUCAAAGACUCAAACUUUUAUUUUUCCUGAAACACAGUUCAUAGCAGUUACAGCAUAUCAAAACACUGAUAUUACACAGCUCAAAAUUGACCAUAAUCCUUUUGCGAAAGGCUUCAGAGACAAUUAUGACUCCAUGUACACAGCUUCAGAAAAUGACAGAUUAACUCCAUCUCCCACGGAUUCUCCUAGAUCCCACCAGAUCGUCCCCGGUGCCCGUUACAGUGUGCAACCAUUCUUUCAAGAACAGUUUGUCAACAAUCUACCCCCAGCCAGAUUUUACAAUGGAGAGAGAACCGUCCCACAGACAAAUGGCUUGCUCUCCCCACAGCAAAAUGAAGAGGUGGCCAACUCUCCUCAGCGGUGGUUUGUUACACCUGUACAGCAGCCCAGUGCCAACAAGUUGGACAUGAACUCCUAUGAAACGGAGUAUUCUCCUAGCACCUUGCUCCCUUAUGGCAUUAAAUCCCUCCCCCUUCAGACAUCCCAUGCACUGGGGUACUACCCCGACCCAACGUUUCCAUCCAUGGCCGGCUGGGGAAGCAGGGGCUCUUACCAGAGGAAAAUGACAACGGGAUUACCUUGGACCUCCAGAACAAGUCCUCCAGGUUUCUCUGAAGACCAGCUUUCCAAGGAAAAGGUGAAAGAAGAAAUAGGCUCAUCCUGGAUAGAGACUCCACCCUCCAUAAAGUCUCUAGAUUCAAAUGAUUCUGGGGUCUACACAGGCGCUUGUAAGAGAAGACGGCUCUCUCCUAGCACUUCCAGCAAUGAAAAUUCCCCAACUAUGAAAUGUGAGGACAUUAAUGCUGAGGACUAUAACAAAGACACUUCAAAAGGCAUGGGCUACUAUGCAUUCUAUACUAGUUCUUAA